AUGGCUAGGAUAGUAUUGCUGCUCGCUUUAGCCUUGGUAGUGUUUAUGGCAACCCCGGCGGCGAGCGGCGCCAUCGACUACGCCGCCGCCCUCUCCAAAUCGCUCCUCUACUUCGAGGCCCAGCGCUCCGGCCGCCUUCCGGCCACCCAGCGCGUCCAAUGGCGCGGCCACUCCGCCCUCAAAGACGGCGCCGACCACGGCGUGGACCUGACGGGCGGGUACUACGACUCGGGCGACAACGUCAAGUUCGGGCUCCCGAUGGCCUUCACGGUGACGAUGCUGUCGUGGGCCGUGGCGGAGCAGCGGGCCGGGCUGGAGCGGGCCGCCGAGCUGGGCCACGCGCUGGACGCCGUCCGCUGGGGCGCCGACUACCUCGUCAGGGCCCACGUCGCCGGCAACGGCGGCGACGGCGAGAAACUGUUCGUGCAGGUCGGCGACGGGGACUCGGAUCACAAGUGCUGGGAAAGGCCGGAGGACAUGGACACGCCGAGGGGAGCCUACGAGGUGAACGCUACGCACCCGGGCUCCGACGUCGCCGCCGAGACCGCGGCGGCUCUCGCCGCCGCCUCCGUCGUGUUCAGGGACGCCCACGCCGCUGGCGGCGGCAACUACGCGGCCACGCUUCUCACGCACGCCAAACAGCUGUUUGAGUUCGCGAAGAACCACCGUGGUCUCUACCACAACAGCGUGCCGUCAGCUAAAAUUUUUUAUCCUAGCGGCGGCGAUCAGGACGAGCUGCUCUGGGCGGCUGCCUGGCUCUACAUCGCCACCGGCGAGAAGAACUACGAGAGAUUCAUCGCCGACGGCGGCAACGGCGGGGUUCCGCCAUUAUUCACCUGGGACUACAAAUACGUCGGAGCUCAGACACUAGUCGCCAAGCUCGUCCUCCAAGGGAAGCUGCCGGACUCCGGCAACUACGGGGCGCUGAAGAGCAACCUGGAGAAGUACCUCUGCAACAUCAUGCAGCACGGCGACGGCAGCAGCGGGAAGCUCAGCCCGGGCGGCAUGCUCUGGGUGCAGCCCUGGGACAACCAGCAAUGCGUCACGGCGGCGGCAUUCGCCCUCGUCGCGCACGCCGAUCACCUGGCCACGGCGGGGGGCUCGCUCCAGUGCGGCGGCGUGAAGCUACCGCCGGCACAGCUGGUCUCCUUUGCACGGUCACAGGUGGACUACAUCCUUGGGAAGAACCCCCAGAAGAUCAGCUACAUGGUUGGGUAUGGAGACAGGUACCCGGAGCAGGUGCACCACCGCGGCGCGUCGCUGCCGUCCAUCAAGGCCAGCCCAGCGAAGAUCGGCUGCAGCGAUGGGUCCGGCUACUUCCAUACGGCGAAACCCAAUGAAAAUGUGAUCGUCGGCGCCAUUGUCGGAGGCCCUGACGCCAACGACCGGUACAAUGAUAGUCGGGGGAAUUACGUGCAAGGCGAGACGUCGACCUAUACCGUCGCGCCCAUUGUCGGAGUGCUUGCAAGACUUGUGCAUAGUUAGAGAGAUUUUUCAUUGUUUUUUUCAGUCAUGAGAUGAGAAAUCAUGAUGCCAUCCUUGUUACGGGAACACAUGAGCACGUAAUAAAUCAGUUUUGAGUUGCACCGAGAACAUCGAAA